AUGGCGCUGUGCCUUGUCGGGCAGCUGCGAACGUUUGAGCUGACCGGGCCAUCCAUAGCGGCGAAUCUGGUGGGGGUUGAGGGGUACGGGCAGGCAGACGUGUUUGUGGUGACGCCCCUCGAUGAGAACUCCGCCAAGCUCCUCGCCCUCAGGGGGAUGGGGUGGGCGGAGGGGGCGCAGGGAGCCGGGGGAGCCAGGGAAGAAAACGUCACGCAGCAAGGGGAGGCGGGGAGAGGGGGAGGAGGAGGAUUGGGAGGCCCAAGGCUGGUGUCAGUGCGAGUGUUUCCGGACUUCAACGUGAACGAGGCGCUGUACCCCACACACGCGCUCAAGGGACUGGAGAACGGGCCACAGGGGCUGCUACAGCAGUUCAGCAUGGAAGCCAUGUGCGCCGCUGACAUCGCUGAGAGAGAACGGCACUACAGCCGCCGCUACAAGUGGCUCAUGAAGGCCCGCCCGGACUCUUUCUGGGCGGCGCCGCCCGCGCCGCUGGGCGGCUUGGAGUAUCGGAGCUUGACGGCGCCGCCCGGGUUGGAUUUCGGUGGGGUGAAUGACAGGCUGGCGGUGGUGCCGCGGGCGGCGGGCCGGGCGGUGUUCGCGCGGCUGCACAUGCUGGGAGCUGUGAGCGAGGGCGGUGGCGAAGCUGGCAAGCGAGUGAACGCGGAGACGGUGUACGCGCGCAUGCUGCAGCGCCUCAACGUGUCAGUCACGCGAGCGCACUUCCCCUUCUGCCUCGUGUCACACCACCAGUUCUUCAAAAUGCUCGCCCUCCCCAACCUCCGCAACCGCCGCGGGGGCGACUACUGCCGCCCCUGCCAGCACGAGCCGCCGCCCAACCCGUUCUGCGAGCAGACGGGCCCGUGGGCGGCGGACUGGGCGGUGCAGUUUGACCGGCAUGUGCCGGAGCGGCUGGCGGCGGGGCGGCAGGCAGUGAUGGCUGCGGUGGAGGGCGGCAGAGAGGGGUGCGAGGUGCAGGUGGCUCAGGUGGGUGGGGGUCAUGGGGCAGGCAGAGAUGGUGGGGGCCAUGAUGCAGAGCUGUCUCUCGAGGUUCGGCGCCGAACCAACCCGUUAGCCUCGUUGACAGCCCUACCGGCUCGCCGUGCUCUCCUCACCCCUCAACAACAACAACAACAACAAGAACAAGAACAACAAGAACAACAAGAGCAAGAACAAGAACGAGAACAGCAAGCAUUAGCCUCUAACCGGCCAGGCCAAACCUCCCUGUGGCAGCACCUGCUGGGGCGGCUGGGAGGGAGGCCAGGGUUUAGGGUUGCGAGUGGGCAAGAGCAAGGCGGGAAGGAAGAGGAGACAGCAGCAGCAGCAGCAGCAGAGGAGGAGGCGGCAGAGGUGGCGUGGCGGGAGGCAGUGAGGAGGGAGGGGUGGCGGGCGCCUGCACCAGCAGUGCUGUGUGUGCGGCAUGGGCUGGGGAAGGCAACGGUGUUUGGCGCAUUUGGCACAGGGCGCUCUGGCAGCUGGUCUGCCUUCCUGACUUACCUCUACGCUUUCAACCACAGCAUUGCUGUGUCCCUGCCUGCCACACCGCCCUCCGCCGACCUCCUCUGGGACGCCCACCUGCUUUCCGCCCUGCCCUCCAUGCGCCUCCUAAUGCUGCCAAAACCGCCCGCCCAACCCACUGCCACUGCCGCCCAAACUGCCGACGCUGCCGCCCAGCAGCAGUCAGCAGUGGCAGGCAGGGAAUUGGGUGCACAGUACAAGGCGGCGUUUGAAGCGGCGGUGAGGCGGAUAAAAGCAAAGGAGGAGGUGGUGGGGAGGGGAGGUGCUGCUGUAGAUGCGGACCAUGUGCUCUGGGCUGCAGGGGCGUCCAAGCACGUGGACCUCAUUCGAGUGGGAGCGGGGCGCCUACCAGACCUGCAAGUGCUGCUAUCCCGCGGCCUGAGCACGUGCCAGCUGCUGGUGGACGUGGAGGGUGCGGGGGAGGGCGUGCUGGCGCAGCUCAGGGACAGGGGUGGGAUGGGCGGGGAGCGGGGCGGGGAGGGGGUUGUGGAGGGUGGCGGUGAGCGGAGCGCUGAUGGAGGAAGGGUUGGGGGGAGGAUGGGGGGAAUGGGGGGGAUGGGUGGGAUGGGAGGGAGGCGGUUGCAGCAAGUGGGGCAAGGGGCGCUGCAAGGGGAGGGGCAAGAGGGCGAGCAUGGGGUAGAUCAAGGAGGGGCAGAUGCGAGCAAGGAGUUGGAGGAGCUGGAUGCGUUCUUGCUGCCGGAUGACCCGCUCUUAGCUAAGUGGCGGGGGGAGGCGGAGCUGGGGGAGGUGCAGCGGUGGCUGUCUGGAAGGUCGUUCCAUCUGGACCGGUGUGUGUCGGGGAACGAGGAGAGGGUGGGGCGAUGUACCUUCUUCUCCCUCACACAUUGCCACGCCCCCGUUACUGCCCCUCAACAAACAACUGGUAGAUAG